GUGAAGUAUUACGGAGGACUGAUGGUAACUAUUUCAACCGCCACAAUACUGACAGUCGUAAACGUCUGCGUGGCUGCCAAGGCUAAUUCUGAUGUGGCUAUUUCACCCAGAAUUCGGAAAAUCUUCUUUAGCCACGUGGCUAAAUUUCUGCUCGUCUAUAUUCCACGUGACAAGGAACAAUCAGCAAACGAAGAUGUGAUGUCGAGGAAUACGGUCGGUUUGAUUCGCUCAGCGACCGCGUCUACUGAGAGAGGGGCGUGUGUAUCACGGAAGAUGUCUGGACAGUCUACGAGUUCAUACUAUUGUGAACAGGCAGAUACACAGGCGAGAAAUCAGACAGAUGCCACCCCCAUAGCAAUCGCGUCUACUGCAAGAGAUCUAGAUGAAAACCGAAGAAUAAAGGAGAAAAUCGACGCCCUUGUAGAAGUAACCGCCUUUAUAU